UACCUACAGAAUAUUGGACUCACAUAUCCAGGAUCCAUAAGACUUUAUCACCUUGAAUCAAGGAUUUAUUUGAUAUCCUCAUCUGUCUUUUCUUCAUAUCAACUAAAUUAUUUUUACAAAGAAUUAAGAAAUUUGCCAUAAGGGAAUUAAAAAAAAAUAAUACAACCUGCACUUUCCAAUGCCUAAGAAUAGCAAGGUUGUAAAAAGAGAAUUAGAUGAUGAAGUUAUUGAAUCUGUCAAAGACCUUCUUUCCAAUGAAGAUUCAGCUGAUGAUGCUUUUAAGAAAAGUGAGCUAAUUGUUGAUGUCCAAGAAGAGAAAGAUACAGAUGCUGAAGAAGGAUCUGAAGUUGAAGAUAAAAGACCCUCUUGGAACAGUAAGCUACAAUACAUCCUGGCCCAAGUUGGAUUUUCUGUAGGUUUAGGGAAUAUUUGGCGAUUCCCAUACCUAUGUCAGAAGAAUGGGGGCGGUGCAUAUAUUUUGCCAUACUUAGCCCUGCUUAUGGUAAUAGGUAUUCCACUAUUUUUCCUGGAACUUGCUGUGGGUCAAAGAAUUCGGCGUGGAAGCAUUGGUGUCUGGAAUUACAUUAGCCCUAAACUGGGUGGUGUUGGAUUUGCAAGUUGUGUAGUGUGCUUUUUUGUGGCCCUCUACUACAAUGUCAUCAUUAGCUGGAGUUUGCUUUAUUUUUCUAAUUCUUUUCAGUAUCCUCUACCUUGGGAAGAGUGUCCUUUGGCGAAAAAUGCAUCACAUACUUUUGUAGAGCCAGAAUGUGAAAAAUCUUCUGCCACCACCUAUUAUUGGUACAGAGAAACACUGAAUAUCUCCAGUUCCAUUUCUGAAAGUGGGGGCUUAAACUGGAAGAUGACCAUCUGCCUGAUGGUUGCCUGGGUCAUAGUUUGCUUGGCUAUGAUGAAAGGCAUCCAGACUUCUGGAAAAGUCAUGUAUUUUAGUUCUGUGUACCCAUAUGUGGUACUUAUAUGCUUCCUAAUCAGAGGACUCCUUCUAAAUGGUUCAAUUUAUGGCAUCCGCCACAUGUUUUCCCCUAAGCUUGAAAUAAUUCUGGAGCCUCAAAUCUGGAGGGAAGCUGCUACUCAGGUGUUCUUCGCCCUUGGCCUGGGGUUUGGUGGCGUCAUCGCCUUUUCAAGCUACAACAAGAGAGAUAACAACUGCCAAUUUGAUGCUGUGCUCGUGUCUCUCAUCAAUUUUUUCACUUCUAUCUUGGCAACAUUGGUGGUGUUUGCAGUUCUGGGCUUCAAAGCAAAUGUCAUGAAUGAGAAAUGCAUUGCACAAAAUUCGAAAAUGAUUGCAACAUUUAUGAAAAUGGGCAACAUUAGUGAGGCUUUUAUUCCCCAGUACAUCAACUUUUCAGCUGUUACUGCAGAGGAUUAUCGCAUAAUAUAUGAGAUCAUUAAACACGUGAAACAAGAAGAGUUUUCUGGUCUUCAUCUUGAUCCAUGUAACAUUGAAGAUGAACUAAAUAAAGCUGUUCAGGGAACUGGUUUAGCUUUUAUUACCUUUACAGAAGCGAUGACCCAUUUCCCUGCAUCUCCCUUCUGGUCGGUGAUGUUCUUCCUCAUGCUGAUAAACCUGGGGCUAGGCAGCAUGUUUGGAACUGUGGAAGGGAUCAUAACCCCUGCUGUGGAAACUCUGAAAGUGAAGAAAGAAAUUGCUACUAUUAUCUGUUGUCUUCUGGCAUUUUGUAUUGGCCUGGUAUUUGUGCAACACUCUGGAAAUUACUUUGUUACGAUGUUUGAUGAUUAUUCUGCUACACUGCCUCUUCUAAUUGUAGUCAUUUUAGAGAAUAUUGCUGUAUCCUUCAUCUAUGGUAUAGAUAAGUUUAUGGAGGACUUAACAGAUAUGAUGGGCUUUGCUCCCAACAGAUAUUUCUACUAUAUGUGGAAAUAUAUUUCUCCUCUAAUGCUGUUAUCACUGCUACUGGCUACUGGUGUGAAUAUGGUCUUACAUUCUCCUGGCUAUGAUGCAUGGGUCAAAGAUAAGGCAUCUGAGGAGUUUCUGCGCUAUCCAACAUGGGCAUUGGCUGUCUGCAUCUCCCUGAUGGUCCUAGCACUACUCCCCCUCCCGGUUGUCUUCAUCAUCCGUCACUGCAACCUCAUAGGUGAUAGUUCCGGUAACUUAGCCUCUGUGACCUAUAAGAGAGGAAGGGCGCUAAAGGAGCCUGUAUACUUAGAGGGAGAUGAUGCAAGCCUCAUUCAUGGGAAGAUACCAAGCGAGAUGUCAUCUCCAAAUUUCGGUAAAAACAUUUAUCGGAAACAGAGUGGAUCACCGACUCUGGAUACUGCUCCCAACGGGCGAUAUGGAAUCGGGUAUUUGAUGGCAGAUAUGCCAGAUAUGCCAGAGUCUGACUUGUAGUUGGGAGGGGGGUGGAAUCGUGGUUUAAUUUGGUUCCUUUUCAUCAGUGGAACAUUGGCUUCGCCACGAGAAGCUUUCUAAGCUUCACUUAACAGAGGGCGACCUCAGGUGUUCCAUGGCUGUGAUGUUGAACCCUAACAGUGGAUAUAAAUUCAGCUAGAGUAUUCCUUUGUAUUCUUCAGUUCACAUGUGCACAGGAAGAGGCGCAGGCAGAGCUCACAAGACUGAGGUUCACGUUCGUCAGAAUUUUUAAAAAUACUUUUGGUGAUUUUUCAAGUAUUUCUAUCU